AUGAACAAGACGGGACUCCGGAGGAUCCCCCCUGACCAGUCGUCAGGGAGUGGCCACACCUCCGGCACCCCCCGCCACCCACGCAUCAAAGACCCCAUCCUUUCAAAGCGGGUUUGCUUCUACAAAAGUGGAGAUCCUCAGUUCAGCGGUCUGCGCAUGGUCAUCAACAACCGGACCUUCAAAACCUUCGAUGCACUCCUGGACAGUCUCUCUAAAAAGGUCCCCCUUCCAUUUGGGGUGAGAAACAUCACCACCCCUCGGGGGAUUCAUGCCAUCUACACCUUGGACGAACUGGAGGAUGGGAAGUCCUACAUCUGCUCUGACAGGCGGAAGGUAACGCCCAUCAACCUGGCCCUGGCCAGGAAGAAGCUGCCGCCAUGGUACCACGCCAGGCCCGUUACUGCCCGCCGCCGGGUCGUGCAGCAGGCCAGGAGUUUCCCCGGCCGCAGCGCCCACAGGCAGGAGCCGGUGGUUGUGAGAACGCCAAAGAAGCUGCUGGUCUUUUGCAACGGAGACCCCACUUUGAAACGCAAGGUGGUGCUUCACAAGAGGACUUCGGCUAAUUUUCAGUCCAUCCUGGAAUACAUCUCCGAGCUGAUGCAGUUCCACGUGGUGAAACUUCACACACCCGAUGGCAGACGUGUUGACGGUCUUCCAGGCCUGAUAUUGUGCUCUGGGACGGUCGUGGCUGCCGGCAGGGAACCUUUCAAAUCUGCAAACUACACCUCCCAGAAAUCACCAGCCCCCACUCAGUUCUCCAACAAUCGGAAGAGACAGAGAAGAUCAAAGUCUUUAAACCGUAAAAAGAAGUCCCGCUCAUAUCAUAGUUCAAAGUCCAGGAAUUUCUCCCUAUCGUCUGAGAGGUACAUAGUGAAUCGGAUCCAUAACUCCAUGGCAGGGAGUUCCUAUGACGGCCGCCUUCCCACUAACCCCUCAAACUCCCUGGAGCUGGAGUCCGUAGCAGGAGCAGAUGGAGCGGAGGGGCAGGGCUGCCUGCCGCCCGCCGAUGACGACAUCGAGAAGUCUUUCCGGGUGAACCAGGACGGCAGCAUGACAGUUGAGAUGAAGGUACGCCUGACACUCAAGGAGGAGGAAACCAUCCACUGGACAACAACUCUUUCACGCUCCAAUGUCACCAGUGAGCUUAAUGGGAGCUGUUUACCAGAGCCUGAGGCAGACGGGGAGAUCUGCUGGCAUGCAUCAGAUCCAGUGGAUUUACAAAGUGCAGCUUCCUCCAUCGACAGCAUCAACAAGUACAAAACCAGAGACAAUAACGAUGAGGAUCCGCCAUCUUCGAGUAAUGGAGCUUUCAAUAGAAGCAGCAAAGAAGAGGAUAACACCAAAGUACAGACGCGCAUGGUGUCAACUACCAGAGCUCGUACACCAGGAUACAAGGAAAUUAGACAAAAGCAAGCCUCUGUGGAGAGCGUCAAAUCCGUGACGGCUGAUGGUAUUCAGGAAGGCAUGGUCGGCUCCUACUCCUACAAGGAACAGGCGGAGAAUGGAGCCAUGACAGAGCAGUACUGUGUGGUCAAACAGACCAACACAAGACCGGUACCCAAACCGAGAAGACUCGGCGAUGUGGACAACAGCAACAUAAACAGCAGGAAUAUAUCCUCAUUCAAAUCAUCGGAGAUCCUACAGAUUGAAUCCAGCAGCGAGGAGGUCAAAGAAUCUGUCUUGCACAUAUAUGAACAGCAGAUGUGUCAGGAUAAUUUUCUUGCAAACAUCUGUGCACAUGAUAUUCCACCUCAAGGGAGGCCAGCGACUUCAGAAACAGGACAGUUCUCCAAUAACGGGUUUGAUCCGGAGUUCUGGAGACCUUCGACAGCAUCGGAGUCCAUUAGCAUCUGGAAGACGGAAGACAUGUCUCUAACAUCGAAUUUUACUUUGUCAUCACUUAAGACGGCUGCGACUCAAGCAACAAAUAAUCAACAACAGUUGUCAAAGUCAACAAGAGGCAAAGAGAACCCCGAACAAAGGGAGCUCAACAAGGGGAAGAGGAAACCCAAGGCGGGCAAAAAACGAGCUCGGCGGCUGUUGACACCCGGGAAAAGGCAAAAACCGAAUUCUUCAGGAUUUACUGAGACGCGUGGGAAAGCGAAAACUUUCUCCAGCGCCGGGUUCCUCAAGAGAGUUUACGGGAAUAAAUCAAAAUCACAGAAAAACAAGACAAAGGCUACAAAGAGAGCAACGCAAAAUGGGGAAGGGAGCGUUACAACAAAGAGCUCACAAUCGUCAGAUGCCACGAUAAAAUGGAAAAUUCCAAAUAUACCAUCGCCCCCGAUAGAAAAUCAGAGUGAGACAGUUUCUAUAGAAGCAAGCCGGCUUGAUAUUUCUUCUUCUGAAGUGAGCCCACCGAGGGGAACACUAACGCGGCAGACAUCGGUGCACCAGGAGAAAAAGAAGGAAAACAAGCCGUGUGAUAUUAGCAAAAGCAAAACACUGUCCAGCUCCGGGACAAAUGAAUAUGUACAGAAGUGGCUGGAGAAAGCUCACAUUAACGCACCUUCCUGCCCAGAUGAAGACGGUCUAAAAUCAGAAGCACACAUCAGGAAUCAGGACUCAGAGUCAGGAUACAAUCAAAUCCUCCGAUCUGAACCGUUGAGAACAUCUGUCAAGCUGAGGGUCAAGUGUUUUGAAAACCAAUUAUCAAACCCGUCGGGGGAGAAAACAGCUACUCAGCAAGAGGAGAUUGCUCUUCGUAAUUCCACCACUACAAGUACAAAGAACUGCACCAGUGUAGCUCAAAGGAACACAGGAGAUGUAAGCCCCCUCGUGAAUGGUACCUGCAGUGAAAGGAAACCAAACCCAAUCAAAAUCUCUUUGCAGAAAGCAACACCUUACAGUACAAUCUCAAUGGAGCUACUGCCGCCACCACCCCCGCCCGAUGAGUUGGAAGAGCUGAACGCUGAAUGUUGCAUGAUGGAUGCGUCGUCAGCCGCCAGCAGCCCCUUGUACCGGCUCUCAUCAGUGAGCAGUCAAAUGUCAGAUCCAUUGUCCAUAAGUCCCACAUCUGAGAAGGCCUCGUCACCCACAGAACGCACAAUGGAAACAGUUCAGGGCGACGCUCCUUCCGUGCUGAGACAAUUAACAAGAGCUCCAUCAGUUAAAAGAGCUCCUCUGGUCAGCAAUCUGUCUCUUGAAAGGCAAAUGUCUCUCAGGAAAGCAUCUAUGAGCCAAUACACUUUGUGUGCUGAGGACACAACAGCAUCAAACACUGCAGGGGGUGGUGACAACACCGUGCUGCCAAAUGGCCUCUGUUCAACAGGGAGUCACCUGCCGACGGUUAAGACCCAGAUAUCAAACAGCAACUUUGAUCUGAAAAACAGCCCAUCGCCCUGUAGCUCCACAUCUUCCAGUAGUUUGUCGUCCGGAGAGAGAAUGUCUUCAGACAGCAUGUCACUGAGUGAGACGCCGACGCCGAGGGAUUCUCAACUCAACGAAACAAAACAGACAAAGACGGCUCAUAAAGAAGCAGCAUCUCCUAAACCACUGGUGAAAAAAGUGACAAUAAUAACCAGCCCAUCUCAAAACAGAAAACCCCAGAGCAAGAAAUUAGACUCUGCUAAUAAUUCUCCACAGUUAUCCUCAUCAUUACGUGAGCAGCAUUCGAACAAAACUAUGUCACCAAAUAUCAAGAAACGUGAAUCUUCCCCCGCUCAUAGCCCGUCUCCAGAGAGAAGGAAGAUGCUUCACAAAGCCAAGCUGCCAAAGAGGCCAUCUCCAUAUUCUCAGUCUCUGGACCUGGUGUCCCCGCCCGUCACAAACAAGUCAAAUAAGAAGAAGCUCUCCAGAAACCUUUCCACGGAUAAUGCAUCCGAGCCUGAAAACAACACAAAAAGGAAAACGUCGUCCAGAAGGAAACGCCACCGAACAUCGCAGGCAGCUGAAGAGGACGAAACACCGACCUCGCUGGAAACAAACCAGACUGAGAGAAAAAAGACAGAUCAAGAUAAAUCUGUGACACAAUCUCAGCUGCCACAGUUGAACAUUACAAACCAACCAAACACCAAACAUGUGCUGGAGCAGAUUUGCCUCUCAAUAAAAUCAAUCAGACAAAUCACAGAGAACAAACACUCCUCCGGUGUGGAGAAAUCCAACAGCCCGCCCGACUUCUCCUCUCACGUAGCCUCCACGUUUGGCUCCUCAUCCAAAGCUCUCCUUGCUUUCCUGUCCAUCAUGACCCUAACUGAAGGGAUAAAUAACUCUGACAGGGACCAGAUUAAUGCAAACGUCUGUGCCGAGGCAUUCAAAAUGAUCGUCUCCCUCCGAGAGAUUGCCAAUAUCGAGGAUUCCCAAAAUACAAAGGCUAGUUUAUGCAAUUUGCGGGGGUCGACUUCACAGCAGCUCCUGCAAAGCUGGAGGGGCUUUCAGGAACUCAGCAACAAAUGCAAGAGUUGCAGCUUGACUCCAAAUGAUUCACAAGAGCUCAGAGUAAACGUGGCUAAAAAUUACUAUAGCCUAGAAGAGAAGGUCAUAGAUCAGAUCAUAGACAACCUCGACAUACCCAAGAAGCUCAAAGAGGAACUAAUGUCUCUCUCCGCGAGUGUUGAUGAAGAAAAUAUGUCGACCAGGUUCAUAAAAGAAGCUGAACUGUCACAAAAAGAAAACAGAGAUUCUAAAAUGUCUCACUGCUCAGGAGAACUUAGGGAAGACGAGAAAAUUAAUGUCGACGUGAGGUCCAUGAUUAACAAAUUCGCAAAAGUCAACCAGCCAAAACAAUCAGAAAUGCACGAUAUCCCUCUGAGAAAAGAAUCACUGAAACAUAAACCAGCAGCUAAACUUAAAGAUAAGCAGCUAACUGAGGAAACGCAGCUUCACAGUCACAUAGAAGGCAAAGUAAGUCAGGAGACGGCAAACGUGAACAUCAGCAGCACAAAAAGCCCUGAGGCAGCGUGUAGGAAGCUGCAGGUGCAAAGUGAGGGGGGCACGAGUAUCCCAGAGAGUGGACACACUACUGAUGAAGAGUCAGGUGCAGGUGAGGAAGGGCGGAACGUUUCCAGUGCUAGUAAAGAUGUAGAGAGCUGUAAGCAAAGUUUGUGUAGCUCAGACGUAGGUGAAGAAAAUAGUUGCUUGGAUGAAGAAGAGCAAACACAUCCAAGCUCUAAUUAUUAUGUAGAGCAACGUGUUAAGGAGGAGAGAGGCUCCAGUCCAGAUAAUAGAAACGAAAGGUUGUCAGAGGAAGAACGACCAGAGGAACCAGAGAUUCAAACCCCUCGUCAGGGACUGAAAGUCAGUGUUGAUGAAAGUGCAGGUAACUCAGAUACAGAUGAUCCAACGACCUCAGAGGAAGAGCAGCUGGAGUUUGAACGCAAUGAAUUAAAGGCUAGAAGUGAGGAGAGUUUGUCGGGUAUCGAGGAAGAGAAGGAGAGCAUUGGCAAGGAGGCUCAAAUUAAUUAUCCUCCAGAUCCUGAAGUAGUUACAUGUAACAAGCUACAGGCUUUGAUAGGGGAAGUUGAGGAGAUUAGCUCAGAGGAUGAGGACCCCAAAAAUGACCACAGCAGCUUGUUAAACUCUGACAGUUUAGCCGAGCGUGAGAGAUUUAGUGCAGAUGAGCACGGCAGCGGCGAAGAGCAAGUAGAGAUGGAGCAAGCAAUUACUGCACGUCAGCAAAUCAGGUGCUCAAGUGAAGAGGAACUAAGCUUCUGUGAGAAAGACUCCAGCUCAGAGAAGGUAGAACAUCGGGAAACUCCUGUAGCAAAGGACAGAAUGCUUGUGGGAAAAGGCAAACUUGAGUCUGAGGAAAUCAUUUCCCAGUCUAUUGCAGAGAGGAUCGUCCUCCUGGAAAAGCAAGUUGCCGAUGCCCAGAAGAGGAAAAGUGUGGCAGAGAGUCCUGCUCUCAAACGGGUUCCUCAAAGAAAUGUCCACCUGGAGUCGGACGUUGAAGAAUCACCAUCAGCAUCUCCCUGCACCCGAUCAGCCCCUCAGUCCUCGUUGUCUUUCAGCUACGAUUCCAGCGGCGUCAUCACCACGGAGCCCGAGGGCAACCGGGUCAGAUACAUCAGGGAAAUGUUCCUAGCGAAGAGCGCCACGGACAAUCGGCAAGGACGCCCAAACGCAUCGGAUCUGUCCGAGCUAAGAGCGGACACAUCGACGAGCGCCGGCUAUCAGUCUCAGACUUCACUCGAGCUGUCCAGUGGGGAAGAUGACUCUGCACGGAAGUCUAUCACGAAAGGCUUUGUGAGGAGAACAAUCGAAAGGCUCUAUGGCAAGAAAGAUCCCGAGGAGAAGGCAAGCGAGAGACCCCCAUCUGCCCCGAAACAGAAAAAGAAGGAGCAUGCAAGCAUCUUCUCCCCCUUCCACUCAGCGCGGACCAAAGCCAUGACUGAGUUGUCUUACUUCAAUUCCACCAACGUCCUGGACUCAUUGACCGAAGCGGCGGGAUGCAUUGCUUUCAAUGCACAAGUCGGGCCUGGAGACAGUGUUCCCGAUGAUAAUGGACCAUGGGUCUUCAGAGAGAACACAAUGAUCCGAAAAUCUGUUUCAGAGCCGGUGGCGAUGAACAAAACACUCGCCAACACUCCACCGGGUGAGGAGAUGUGUGAGGUCAGGGAACAGAACGCCCCGAUCCCAAUCGACAGCACGACGUCCGAACUGGAGGACAAGAUCAAGUCCCUGUCGAGGAAGUGCACCUACUUCUCUCUGCCGCACGCCAGCGACUCAGACGCGGGUCAGGACGACGUGAGGCCGGCGAGUAAGAGCAGCGUGAGCGGUGACACCAUCGCAAUAGACAUCUCAGAGAACGCCAAACCGCGGGGGGAGAGGAACGGCAUCCUCCCCGCUGGUGGCAUUACAGACUUUAGAAUGACGGACAACAAAGUUCACCCGCUGCCAGAGGCUCCAUCUGACGGUGAGGUCGUGGUGGUGCAGCCUGGGAGAGGUCAGGAAGCCAUGAACAGGAGGCUACAGGAGCCUGAUGUGUUGGACUUGCUGUAUAAUUUCUGUGGUGAGCACUGUCCCAUCCUGUGACGACACAUCGCUCAACAGGAAUCAGUCACACAAGGACAGACAGCUUUUUUUUUCGGGGGUCGAAUUGAAGUGUCCAAUGUUAGGCUACAGUAUAUGUAUAUAUAUUUUUGGUGCCUACCGUUUGAUGUUGCCAUAACCUUGGCGUAAUACACGAUCAUAUGUCAACUCAGCUAACUACACAAUGCGUCAUGCAUACACGAGCCAAUGGAUUAAGGUUUAUUCAUACGUGACCGUUUAUGUUGAGGGCUUGUGACAUGUCGGUUCAUGCUCCGUGAUCGGUGUAAAAAUAGUCAGAUGUUUAGUUAUUUUUGCGGUACCGCCAUGAUUGUGUAUUUGCCAUGCGCACUCCAGAGCAGCUCUUACCUUCUUAUAGGUCGCCUGUCACCAGAACAAACACCAGGAGCAUUACCGUAAUCUCGUUGUAAAACUAUUAAAACAGAUCAAGUCCCUGUGAAAUGUCAGGCAACGAGGCCAAUCCCCCCCCACACACACACACGUGACGCGGGUCACUCAGUGGUCGCAGAUCAGGUUCAGGGCAAAAUGGCGACGUUUUUCCUUACGGUUUAAAAAAAGGAACUGAAAUGGAAACAGCUUGUGUGACAGUUGUAGAAAACUCUCAGUAAGUACUUUAAAAAUCCUUUUGUAUAUCGGUCGGUGUAAAGUGUAAAGAAGAUAUUUAUUGAUUUUCACUGAGUAGCCAUAGUGUAUCAAGAACUCACAAUAAAAUCACCUUUAUAGGAUAAAAGGUUUUAUUGUUUACAAUGUGGCAGCUGUGACAAUUUUGUCCUUUUUAAAUUAACGUGUAAGAAUAAAA